GAUGACAUAAAAAUAUGUAAGAUCCACUUUUUGUGAUACUGUUAAUGAUGUCCUGCAGGUUGUGGUCUUCACGGUGGAACGUGGGCUCUUCCUCCUCCGCAGACAGGGGAACAGGAUCACUGUAGCUGCUUGGAAAAUAAGUCCUCUUGGCUGGAUCUACUAGCUGGGUCCCAAUUCAGGGGCAGCAUCCUCCAAAGGACCCAGUCCACAAAGGACCCCAUCUUAGCAGCCUGCCUCAGGUUGAGGUGAAAAGAAUCAGUCUGGUCUACGGAAGAUUUCUUGUUCUCUUCACCCUCUCGUUAUUAUUCACCACUCCUGUCGCCAACACCCUCCAAAGUUGCACCCGAAGUAGCUGCAGGACUCCACUGGGAAAGAGAGCUGUUUCCUCCCUGUGGGUCCUCCCUGCUGAAAUGAAGGAUAGCUUUAAAUAAGUUGUUGUGAAGAUGAAGUAAAUGGACAGGGAUCACGGAUUUUAUCGGCAGGUGGAUGUCCAUGACCACGCUCACUACAUUGUUGCCUUCUUUGUCCUGGUGAUUGGGACAGUGGGUGUGACUGGGAACGCCUUGGUCAUGUAUGCUUUUUUCAGCAACAAGAAGCUACGGACGCCCCCAAACCUUUUCAUCAUGAACCUGGCAGUAAGCGACUUCCUCAUGGCAAUCACACAGUCUCCCAUCUUCUUUGUUAAUUCCCUUUACAAAGGGUGGAUUUUUGGUGAAACAGGCUGUAAAAUAUAUGCAUUUUGUGGAGCUUUAUUUGGAAUCACCUCUAUGAUAAACCUUCUGGCGAUCUCCAUAGACCGCUACAUUGUCAUCACCAAGCCUCUGCAGGCCAUACAGUGGACCUCCAAGAGACGCACCUGGAUCAUCAUUGGACUGGUCUGGCUGUACUCACUUGCCUGGAGCCUUGCACCGCUCCUUGGUUGGAGUUCAUACAUCCCAGAGGGCCUGAUGACCUCAUGCACAUGGGACUAUGUGACAUCAACUCCUGCCAAUAAGAGUUACACUUUGAUGCUGUGCUGUUUUGUUUUCUUCAUCCCUCUGGGCAUAAUAUCCUACUGUUAUCUGUGCAUGUUCCUGGCAAUCCGCCGUGCAAGCAGAGAUGUGGAGAAGUUGGGAUCACAGGUGAGGAAGUCAGCCCUGAUCCAGCAGCAGUCCAUCAAGACUGAAUGGAAGCUGGCCAAGAUUGCCUUUGUGGUCAUCAUAGUGUUUGUGCUUUCCUGGUCGCCCUAUGCAUGUGUCACCCUCAUCGCCUGGGCUGGAUAUGGAAGCAUCCUCAACCCUUAUUCCAAAGCUGUUCCUGCCGUUAUAGCCAAAGCAUCAGCCAUCUAUAACCCCUUCAUCUAUGCCAUCAUUCAUUCGAAAUACAGGGACACUCUGGCAGAGAAAGUUCCCUGUCUCUACUUCCUGGCCCAGGCCCCAAAGAGAGACUGUAUAUCAGUGUCACAAAGCGAGUCUUCCUUCAGAGACUUGAUGUUGAGCAGACAGUCAUCAGUCUCCAAAACCAAGUUUCACAGAGUUUCCUCCAUGUCCACGACAGAGACACAGAUUUGGAGUGAUGUAGAGCUGGAUCCUAUUGGCCACUGUCUGAGGUCCAGCUAUUCCCUUGGAGCUCUGAGGGACAAAGAGUACAACCCAUUGGCAAAGCAAACCAAUGAAAAGGGAAGCCAAAGCACGGAACAGAAUCCCAUCUCAGAGCGAGGCUCGGUGAAUACAGGGGACCACAUCCUAUCACCUGAGACUGUGAACACAGUGAUGCCCUCAACAUGGAGGAUAAGAAAGGAGAAGGAUCCUGAAAGCUGGAAUAAAGAGAUGAAAGACGACUUUCAUGACCAGCAAGGGAGAGAUGAAUAUGACCAAAGAGAGAUAAAGCAGGCGCAAGAGUGUUUCCACAGCCAGCCUUAAGCGGACACUUGAUGAGC